GCUACCGUCUUAUCAGACGGAAGAUGGCCGCGCGCCUGUACGCUUCGAUGACGUCACUGCUGCUGCUGCUGCUGCUGCUGGCAGCCUCGCUGAGCAAGGCGGGCGAGGGCGAGCGCGUGGCAAGGACCCGGCUCGGCGCCGUGCGCGGCGUCCACAAAGAGUCCAGCAGUGGUCGCCGCUUCCUGGCCUUCUACAACCUGCCAUACGCCAGGCCGCCCGUGGGACCUCUAAGAUUCAGGAGUCCGCAGCCUCCAGAUGCGUGGGUCCACAUUCGUGAUGCUACAGUGGCAGGGCCAGUGUGCCCACAAAAUUCAGCCUUCUCUUCUUCACCAAUUGGGGCUGAGGACUGCCUCUACCUUAAUGUGUUCACACCAGCGCUGAAUCCAGAGCAGCCGCUACCUGUGAUGUUCUGGAUCCACGGAGGUGGCUGGUUCGCCGGUUCCGCCGUAUGGUAUGAGCCCAACUACCUAAUGGACCACGACGUGGUCCUCGUUACUAUCAACUACCGCCUCGGCCCUCUGGGUUUCCUCAGUACUGAAGAUGAAGCUGCUCCAGGGAACUUCGGAUUGAAGGAUCAGGUGGCGGCCCUAAAAUGGGUCAAAGAAAACAUUGAAUCGUUUGGCGGCGAUCCCAACAGCGUGACCAUAUUUGGGAACAGUGCAGGAGCCGCCAGCGUGCAUUACCUCAUGCUGUCUCCUAAGGCGGAAGGCCUCUUCCAUCGAGCAAUCUCACAAAGUGGUGUGGCGUUGUCACCGUGGGGGUUGCCAGAACCGGCCGCAGCGGAGAAGGCGCGCAGGUUGGCUACCCUGGUGGGAUGUCCUACAGAGCCGAGUGCUGCACAGAUCGAAUGUCUCAGGAGUGUCGACGAAUACAAAAUCAUCGCCACUGAAGAGAACUUUCAUGAAUGGAUGUUCCAUCCCUUAAUAUCUUUUCGACCUGUGGUGGAAGAUGAAGGAGAAGAUGCAUUCCUUUCUCAACAUCCAGUUGAUAUGGAGCCUCAUACUGUGGUACCAUGGCUCAUGGGAGCAACAAAAGAAGAGGGAUGUUUAGUGACAGCAGCUUUCUUUACAAAUGAGACCUUGCUACGGGAGUUUGAACGCGACAGCGACAGAUUGUUCCCAUUGACUUUACUAUACCGUUCGCCUCCAGAAGCGAAGGUCAUCACAAAGAAAAUAUAUGACUUUUACUUCCCAUCUGGCACUCUCUCUCUUACUGCUCUAACACAAUUGUACACGGAUCGCUAUAUUACCUGGAAUACAGAUGACGUGGCAAGAAAGUACAAGGACAGAGCUCCCGUGUACCUGUACCUGUUUUCGUACAACGGCAAGUUCAGUCUGUCGGUAUCGUAUGGAGCUCAGGACAAGGACGUAGGUGCAUGCCACGGAGACGACUUAUAUUAUUUAUUUUCAAACCUCACUUUCUGCCCAGUAACCAGUGAAGUUCCUGAGAAAGACCAGGAGAUUGUAAGAUUAAUGACCGAACUAUGGACAAACUUUGCAACAACUGGGAAUCCAACACCCAACGAAGAACCACUACAUUGGCCAAGAGUCACGUCGGAGGCAGACUUGGAAUAUCUGGACAUAGGUCAGAAGCUGGAAGUCAAGACCGAUCUGAUGCAGCAGCGAGGGGACUUUUGGAGGUCGCUGCCUCUUAUACACCAUCACAGUGCAGUGAAGGAGGAGCUAUAAGCAAAUCUGUAACGUCUCUCGGCAAUGAUUUUACAGUGACAGGUGUGCCUCAAUUCUGAGUGAAAAAAUGUAAAAUAUGACAAAUGAGUGGUAUGUUUGAUUGUGCCUGCGCUACUGCUCCGAAUGUCGUCAAAUUUUCGAUUAAACAUUGAAAAAGUAAAAAAAUGUUUUGCACCUAUCUUCAAUUCCCCAUAGCCACUGAUGUUAACUGCAAUAGCGAUUAGGUUUUGAAAUUUAUGAACGCGGUUUGACAUUAAUGUGGUUACUAAAUUUUAUAGUAGACAGCCACCGCGUGUCAGUCCCCGUUGAAAUACUACUACCUUUAGUACUGCCAGAGUAGUUACAAUUUUUGCACACUAAUUUCAGCAACAGAUUUUCAAAGGAAUAAAUCCGUUGUUCCUGUACUUAUCGGCAGUUUCUGUGCUAUUGUGCUACCAGGAAAUGACCGAUUCUCGACAUCUGCAGCACUCAUAAAUCGCAGUUGUCGGCGAUACCUUGUUUUCUUGCAUUUAAUUUGCGGUUAUACAAAAUGUCCCAUUUUUUAUGCUGAAGGAAGUGGUACAUUCCACUGAUUCAGAGUCUCUCAGCAUGUAGUUUGGUAAUAUAUUCUCAGGAAUGCUGUAACAGUAUGUGAUUAAAACUUCACAAACUUUCGCCAAAUUAAUACGCUAUCACUGUCAAGUGCAAAAUGCUGAUAGCUACCGCCUGACAAUGGCUUGGACACAAUCGCCUGAGAACUUGUAUUUUUGUGUCUAAUUGAUGCAAAUGGAAACUUGAAGGGAUUUAACGAAAUGGUACAUUAAUUUAACAGAUAUUGUGUAAUCAGUAACAUAGACAUCCCUAUUAUAUAGUGAAAUAUGUUUACAUCCAAUAAAGCAGUACACAAA